AUGAUCCAAGACAUCGGAGGUCCAGUCCCUCCUCACACUGAUCACGCAGUCAGUGUAUCCCUUCCAACAUGGAAAGCGAAUGUUGCAUACGAGGAAGGAGAGUCAUGGGUUGUGAAUAAGAUGCAAUGCGGUUAUCCUCGAUUCUUUAUACACCCCAUCAUACAGGAUCUGGCGAGGGAGAUCGUACGUCGCUAUGGAAGCCCAGAAUUGGAAACGGCUAUACUAUUCCCUUCCCUCAAAACAUCAGGGGUCUGCUAUUCAUUUCUCAAAUCGAAAAUACAAGCCGAGGAUCCCUGCAAUGUCCGGACAAUGGAUUUUGCCCUUCCCAUUCAGGGCGAAGACGCGCCGUCUGGUACGGACUUGAUACUAUCGUGUGUGAUAUAUCCCAUCCAAUACGCGCCAAUCGCCAAGCAGGUCUGGCAACAUACAGGAAAUGGAAUCUCAAGUAGACGUGCUGAGUUCUGCCUGAACGCUUUAAGGGAUGGGUUUCUCGUGGAAAGGAAACCUGUAGCUCAAACUAUUGCAUCGCCACGGUUUUUCAAGGGGCCCAGGAGGUAUCAGGGUCGAGAGUCCAUAAGUGGAAAGUCUCAGGGAAGUGGGACGCACGCACGCGACAGUACUACAGGUACAAUCACGACAACCAGCAGCAUGCAAGAUGGCCGCGAACAUGUCCAGUUCAUUGAAGAACGAUUCGGUCGGAAUCUAAGCACCUCGCUGGCCGGUCAGGCAAGGCUGGCUGUACGGCGACGCAUUGCGGGCGUUUUGACAGCCGAUAUGGAGCUUAACGAGGCCCUUGAAGAAGAGUCAGGAGAAGGACGUGUCGCGGGGCUGACAGAGUCCGAUGUUUUUCUCUUUCCGACCGGCAUGAGUUCCAUCUUCAACGCUCAUCAGAUGUUGAUGGUUGCGAAGGGAGAGAUGAAGAGCAUCUGCUUUGGAUUUCCCUACACCGACACCCUAAAGAUACUUCAAAAAUGGGGCCCGGGCUGUUUGUUCUAUGGUCAUGGUUCUUCGGAGGAUCUUGAUGACCUGGAGUCAAGGCUACUGAAAGGAGAGAGAUUCCUCGCUCUAUUCACUGAAUUUCCGGGCAAUCCGUUACUGAAAGCCCCUGAUUUGAAGAGGAUCCGAUCACUCGCCGACAGGUAUAAUUUCGCUGUUGUUGUAGAUGAGACGGUUGGGAAUUUCCUCAACAUCAAUGUGCUUCCCUAUGCAGAUAUUGUGGUAAGCAGCUUGACCAAGAUCUUCAGUGGUGACAGUAAUGUUAUGGGAGGGAGUGCAGUACUUAACCCCCAUGGGCAUCAUUACGGGCUGCUAAAAAAUAUAUUUGCACGCGAAUAUGAGGACAAUCUUUGGGCAGAAGAUGCCGUGUUCCUCGAAAGGAAUAGCCGCGAUUUCAUAUCCAGAAUUGAUAAGAUCAAUAAGACUACGGAAGACAUCACAGCGAUGUUGGAGGACUCUCCACUCGUGAAAAGGGUCUACUAUCCAAAGUACAACUCUUCAAGACCCUUGUAUGAAGCAUUCCGCAACAAAAAUGGAGGAUAUGGCGGUCUAUUUUCGGUUACAUUUCAUUCAACGGCAGCGGCAGUUGCUUUCUUUGAUCAUCUCGAAGUACUCAAAGGACCUAGUCUCGGUACUAAUUUUACCCUGAGUUGCCCUUACACUCUGUUGGCGCACUAUAGUGAACUAGAAUGGGCAAGCUCGUUUGGUGUCGACUUUGACCUAGUAAGGAUAAGUGUCGGCUUAGAAGAUGUUUCGGAUCUUCGCCAGCGAUUUCAGCAGGCCUUGAAUGCUGUCGCUGAAGUAAACACAUAA